UGACUCUACAGAAAAUCAUUACCUGCCCCCAAUGUGAACAGCCCAAUACCAGGCAAGCACCAGGAAAGCAAAAAGUGAUUAGAUCUCCAUGUUUAGCUCAUGGUCAUCAGGAAGCUGUGACAUAUCACAGUACCAGGAGAGAUUCAGCGCCACAGUGCACACUACUCCUCUGCUGCCUGCAAUGAUCUGCUUACAUGCUGUGUGUGUGCUCAGUGCCUGUUCAGACUGCCUGCCUGCUGGACGUCUGUGCUGGGAGACCUAAGACACACAGACAACUUUGGAGAUCGCUCAGGAAGGCUAUCUGGAUUAUUUACUACCUGGAUUAUGAUAGUCAUAUCCUUCCUUGUGAUGACCAUAAGUUUCUAACAAGGUGAGAACCUGAGUAUAGUCUCAGCAGAAACAAUUGCAACAGCUGCAGCGCUGGGUGUAGGCAGAUCCCAAUGUAUGAGAAGGAGCCGUGUGAGCUACCUGCCCCGGAGAUCUGAGCAUGGAUCUCACAUACUUCAUGGAUGGGAUCACUUCUACCCAAGAUCUCUGUUCUUACACUGUACAGGUACACCCACCUGUUUAAAGCAUCAUGGGAUGCGCUCAGUCUCAGCAGCUUUCUACUAUUUCUGGGGCUUAAUAUGUUUACAUUGAUGUUCAGAUCUUUCCUGGCACUGGAGCUGAAAUACUUUUAAAGGAGAAGCACAGAAGCAAUGUCUAAGAUGAUGUUUUGGAGGUUUCACUGACAGAUUUAUUGGGGGCAAACCUCUGUGAUAUUCAGGGUUACUUAGGAUAUAAUCUCUUUGAUGGAAUGAUGCACAUUCAGGAGGAUGGAGAAGGGUUUUUCUGAUCUACAUCAGUCUUGGGAAAGAUGAAGACUUCUUAUUGUUUUGUGCACUGAAGGACUGUGAGGACCAUCUUCUCACCAUGAUCAUGUAUGGAGAGAUGUUCCUAAACUCAAGCAGUGCUACAGAAGCCCAGAUCAUGCUCCAGACCAACACUCCAUACCUGAGCAGCACCCAGAGACCAGUCAGCUCCUCAGCUUUCUACAUGUCCACAGCCAGGGUACUGAAGGAAGGGGAGAUCAACAAGCCUGACCUGAUGACUUAUAUCAUCCUAUUUGUCCUUCUCUUCCUAUCUGUGACUCUCAUUGUCCUCUUUAUUAACUGUCAGCUAAGGAAUUCUUUUUUUGCAGGUUUACCUUAUGACAGAUCCCUCAGAGAAGCCAGGAGUCCUUGGAAGACUCAGUCUGUCUGAAGCACACAUAGCCAGCAUCUGGGAUGGAUGUUCCUAUGUUUAUUUUCUUUUGUAGUGGCAUAGGGUUAAUAGUAGGACCAUAGACUUCUGUUUCUGGAGUAAAUCAUUGUAAAUGCCAUUUUACCGUAAUUGUUUUUAUUCAUGCCAAAGCGCACAGCCCAUUGAGAAAUGAUGAUCUGAUUGCCUUUACUAAUAUUUUUAAAGCUCUAUUCCGUUAUAACUUGUAGAGUCUCCGUAUUUAUAAGGACAUUGUGAUUUCCAUCUAUUUCUAUAAAACUGCAUGACCAGGCAGACUCCUUCAUCACUGGAUGUCAAGAGCAACUAGUACACGCUCAGUAAGCUAGUGGUUUGGUGCUCCUAAAGAACCAAAUGUAUAAAUAAAUAUAUAUAUAUAUAUAUACAUAUAUAUAUAUAUAUAUAUAUAUAUAUAUAUAUAUAUAUAUCCAUAUAAAAGCUAAGGUAUCGCCGCAGAUGUAGCUGCGUUUGUACUGUGAUACAUUCAAUAGAAAAUGACACAUUCUUAAAGUGAAAUAAAUAGCAAUAUUUCCUUUCUUCUUGAAUUAGGUUACAUUGAUUUUACCACCUCUUUUAUAGGGGCUAUGCCGGAAUAUAAUGGGAGUCUUGUCUGGCGGGAGCAAAUACUUGAGGCAGAGCUCCUAAAUAUUCAGCUAAAUUCCCUGGCCAGUUUUAUAGACCCAUAGGAGUGUCAGUCCAGACAAUAACUUACAGUGUUAAGCCUAUGCAGGUGUUUCUACUGCUCCGAAAAUAUAUCUACCGCUUGUUAUGGAGGGUAAACCUCUUCGUGUUUCUGUUAAAAAAAAAAUCAGCCAAAAUAUAAAAUGUGUUAUAACCCUUGUAAAGCUGAAAAGUAGAUUUUGCUGCCUUAGCCCUUUAAAUACCUUGGCCAGGUCAAAUUUGUUUGUUCCCCUGACCCUGGCACCAAACUCUCAGGGAACAUGCCCACCAGCUAUGUCCUGGCAAAUAGUCUGCCUAAUGUUCUAGGUGCCAAUAUUUUUAAUAAGCAUACUAAGUAUUAACCCCAAAAUGCUGAAAUAAAUUAUUACGUGGAGUCAAAAUACUCACAAAAAAGAUCCUUGUGUGCCAUUCUUUAUUCACUUGAUGAUUUAUAGAUGGUAUAAGCUCUGGGUAAGGCAAACAGUACUAUAAUGCAUAGGCAAUU